UUAUUCAUGACCACUGAAUGUUUAAUGCUGUGUCUGCGUGGGCGGGGUUUGGAGCGGAGCUGAGCGGUAACAGGAUAUGAUUGGCUGCACGGCUGCGGUGGUGACCAAUCGGAACACGGAGGAGGAGGAGUUGAGAAAGACCAGGAAGCCGGUCCCUGAACUAGUCACUCAACUUGUUGCUUUAGAAGACUUUUAGAUGAGGAGGUGGCGUUUUCUUUUCUUUGCUGCCAGUUGGAGCUGAACAAGAUGAAUAAGGUGGUUUUGGUGACAGGAGCAAAUAGCGGUAUUGGCCUGGCGCUGUGUGAGCGUCUCCUCUCCCAGGACCCUGAAGGCCUCCAGCUGUGUCUGGCCUGCAGAAACAUGUGUCGGGCCGAAGCCGCUCGCUCUGCCCUCCUCACCUCCAAACCCACGGCUCAGAUCGCUCUGCUGCAGAUGGACACCGGCAGCAUCUCCUCCGUCAUCAGCGCCGCUCAGGAGGUCAGACUCAGGUAUAGCCGUCUGGACUACCUCUACCUGAACGCAGGCAUCAUGCCAAACCCACAGUUUGAUGUGAAAGCUUUUUUCAAGGGCCUCUUCUCCAGCAAUGUCAUCACCAUGUUUGCCACCGGUGAAGGGAUUCUAACGCAAAAAGAUGGAGUCACAGCUGACGGCCUGCAGGAAGUUUUUGCCACCAACCUCUUUGGCCACUUCCUUCUAAUCAGGGAAUUGGAGCCGGUUCUGUGCCACGAAGGCCGAACCUCCCAGCUGGUUUGGACUUCCUCUAGUAACGCUCACCGCUCGGCUUUUAACCUCGAAGACCUGCAGCACCGAGGAGGCACCCAACCUUACAGCUCCUCCAAAUACGCCUCCGACCUGCUCAGCUUGGCGCUCAACACGCGCUACAGCAAACAGGGUUUGUACUCAUCCGUCAUUUGCCCCGGUUUUGUGAUGACCAACCUGACGUAUGGCAUCCUGCCCUCCUUCCCUGCCUUCCUCUGGACGCUGCUCAUGCCCGUCUUCUGGCUUAUACGAAUGUUCACCAACACUUUCACGCUGACACCUUAUAAUGGAGCUGAAGCUUUGUUUUGGCUAUUUAAACAAAAGCCUGAAUCACUGGAUCCGUUUGCCAAAUACCACAGUUUAACAUCAGGACUGGGCCACAACUACACACAGCCACGGAAGAUGGAUGUCGAUUUGGAAACAUCAGAGUCUUUGUAUGAGAAGUUACUCCAGCUAGAGAGGGAAGUGAGGAAGAAACUGCAGGAGAAACAAAAGGAAGCCCAACAUGCUCCCAUCCAUCCUGCACAAACUGAUUCAUCUUGAUGCAAAUCACACAUUUCUGGAUGAAGGGCAUUUGAUUCCUGUCUCCAUGCUGGUCACCUGGGAGCUGCUUGUUGUCUGGCUGUCAGACUUCACAAACACAACACGUCUUCUCCUGACACAGCGACAUGAAAGUCUGGAUUUACAGCAGGGAGAGACAGUGAUUCUUGGUAUUCUUAGCUUGAUUUAUUGGUUCCAUUUGUAUUAUUUGCGUCAGGCAUGUUGCAAGAGAAACAACCAGCCAUGUUAGUCUGUUAAAGAGUUUACAAUAAAAUUAGGAUUGCAUGUUCCACUA